AUGCACAACGUGUUCAACGAGGCCCUCCUCACGCCCUACACCCCGCCCGCUUUCGCAAAUCAAGCCAACCCGCCGGAACCCCCACCUGAGAUGAUCGACGGUGAAGAACGUUAUGAAGUUGAGGCCAUCAUUAACUCCAAGAUCAUCGGCCGAGGCGCACACCGGAGCAUGAUGUAUUUGGUCAAGUGGAAGGGAUACUCAGACCGUCACAACAGUUGGGAACCCGUCGCCAACUUGAUGCAGGACGCCGACGAAGCAAUUGACGACUACCACAAGGCGCAUCCGCGAUGUAUGCGUGUCUAG